UCUUUUGUUUAGUUUAUGUUACGUGUAAAAAUUAAAUUGUUCUAUGUAUUUUAGUGAAACAUUUCAAUACUAUCAACAAUAAAAGUCCAAUUAUUAAGUGAAUUUCAUCGUCACAUCAUUCGUCCGUUAUUGCUGACAGACUUGACAAAACUACUGAAAACCAUGACGAAACACUACCCCACGCCAUUUACGCCUAAAGACUCGUCGGAAAUGUGUAUACAGACCAGAAAGCCACUUUCGGCCUGUCAUACAGAGAACUUCGUGUUUCUACGGUUUCUUAUGCAUCUCUUCGGAUACACCGUUGACGGGCCGCCGAAGACGAAUGAUAAAAAUGUACUAAUUGAAUCAUCCGCCACCACGGACACACAGAUCGACUUGAAUUUCUUGGAUGGUUAUCAACAUCUGUUCGGUGAAAUGUUUAUGUCAGUGUUCCAGAAUAAGAGGCGAAAAAGAGCGGUGGACGAACAGUACGAUUUCGUGAUUGUCGGUGCCGGGUCAGCGGGCUGCGUUGUUGCCAACAGAUUGUCGGAAAUUAAAGACUGGAAGGUAUUACUACUCGAAGCCGGUAUUGAGGAACCCGAAUUUUCUUCUGUGCCAGGUCUUGCACCUUUACAAUUGGGAAGCAAGAUCGAUUGGAAUUAUACAACACAGCCUGAUGAACACAUGUGUAGGUCUAGACCAGGAGGUGUUUGUGAUUGGGCUAGGGGUAAAGUAAUGGGCGGGUCAAGCACGAUCAACUAUAUGAUUUAUACUCGAGGCAAUAUGGAAGAUUAUAAUGAAUGGGAACGUAUGGGCAAUGACGGAUGGGGAUAUGAUGAAGUCCUAUACUAUUUUAAAAAAUCCGAGGAUAAUGAAGAUCCAGAAGUUUAUAAAAAAAACCCGAAGUUUCAUGGUAAAGGUGGAUACCUUACGGUGGAAUGGUUUCCAUAUGUAGACCCUACAGCGGUAUCUUUAAUUAAGGCAUGGCAAGAGAAAGGUUUGCCUUAUGUAGAUGUAAAUGCCGAAAAUCAAAUAGGUGUGACUCAUUUACAAUCGACGGCUAGGCACGGCGAACGGAUGAGCACCAAUAAAGCGUUCAUAAGACCGAUUAGAAAAAAACGGAAAAACCUAACUGUUCUAACAGACGCACACGUCACUAGGGUAUUGAUUGAAAAGAAACGUGCUAUUGGGGUGGAGUUUUUGUAUAAGAAUAAAAUAAGAACGGUAUUCGCGAAAAAAGAAGUGAUUCUGAGUGCCGGCAGUCUAAACUCGCCUAAAAUACUGAUGCUUUCCGGUAUCGGGCCCAAAAAACACUUGGAGAAGAUGAACAUUAAAGUGGUGAAGAAUUUGCCUGUCGGUAAGAAUCUACAGGACCAUGUCACGAGCGACGGUAUUGUAAUACGCGUGAAAAAAACCGCCACUGACAAACCACUCAAAGAGAAAAAGGAAGACGCUAUUUUGUACAAAAAAAAACGAAAAGGUCCUUUGGCGGCCACUGGCCCAUUACAAUGUGGCGUAUUCCUUCAGACAAAAUAUGAAGAUUCACCGGAUCUCCCGGACAUAAAUUAUGCAUUUGAUAAUAGUAACGAGAAAGAUUGGAUUCUCGACCCCGCAAAUGCCACAAAAUUCGCUAUGUCUCCUGUUUCUUAUUACGAAGCGAUUAAUGUAAGACCGAUAUUGUUGAAGCCAAAAAGUAGAGGGUAUAUAUUACUCAACCAUACUCAUCCAAUAUGGGGUCAACCACUGAUUUAUCCACGUUUCUUUACUAAAGGGAACGAUCUUGAAAUACUUGUUGAAGGUAUGAAAAUCGCAGCGAAUCUGGUGAACACGGAGUCAAUGCGUAAAAUAGGUGCCAUGUUAGUCAACGUGCCGGCAAAGGCUUGCAAAAAAUAUAAGUUCGGCUCGGACGAGUACUGGGCGUGUGUGGCCACCGAGUACACGGCCACCAUAUACCAUCCGGUUGGCACGUGCAAGAUGGGACCGGAACAAGACGACGACGCCGUCGUCGACCCGGAACUGCGCGUGCACGGGGUUGCAGGUCUCAGGGUGGUAGAUGCUUCCAUCAUGCCCACUAUUGUCCGGGGAAACACGAACGCGCCGACCAUAAUGAUUGCGGAAAAGGCGUCUGACAUGAUCAAGGAUAAAUGGCAUCAGCAUCACGACAACGGAGCUGUCGUCAAGGAAUAACGAGAUGCGUGGUAUCUUAUUAUUACAUAUUGUAUGGCAUUAUUGUCUUCGACGGCGAGACCCAUGGCUGUCGACUCCAAAAAGUAGUCAUUUUCUUUUUUGGACUACUUUUGAGAGGAUGCUACCCAUGCAUGUGUUGACUUUGGUUUACAAACUUUGUGGAAUAGAAAAUUUCCGUUCAUCAGAAUUGGUUGUGUGUAAUUAGCUUAAAAUAUCGAAAAAACUAAAAACGAACAUCCGUUCUUAUAUUAAAACUAACAUUUCCGAUGAACAAAUAUGUGUUAUGCUGUACGUUUGUAAGACGGAGACAACCCGUGCAUGGUUGACGUUAUCUAGUUAAGACGACUCCGCGCACUCACCACUUAAAAGGGUUUGAUAUAGGCAGUUUUAAUGCAAUUUGAGAAGAAUUAAAAUAUUAUGUUUAAUCUUAAAUAUAUUUAGAUACUAAUUAAAAGUAUUUUAAAAGUGAUCCCAUGUCAGUUAUAACAACAGCUGUUGAUUAUUGCGUAAUAAUAUUGUAUUGUAAAGGAAAACGGUUUCACACAGGACAAACUUACGAGUAAGUACAUUAUUUACAGUAGAUAUAACUUAACCGAAUUUUCACACUACUUUUUUAUUUUAUUGAUACCAAAACACGAUAAUUUUUAAUGAACAUAAAGAAACGUUAAUUAAUCUGUAUGGAUAAAUGAAUGCUAUUGUCUUUAAGCUAUCAA